AUGCCUCCACGAAAUCAACAGUUCAAUGCAAACGCAGGGAAGCGCGGGAUGACUCGUAAGGAGCAAGAGCAGCAGCAGAAGCGUGAAGAGGCCAGUAAGGCGGCUAGUCAGCGUGAGCGACAGACGGGUCCUCUGGAACUCCCAGUGGUCGUUCCAAAGGGGCCUACAAUAUCUAAAAAGGCGCUCCUGGCCCGUAAGGAGGCCAGAGAAAAGGCAGAAGCAGAGGCCGCUGCAGCCGCAGCUGCAGCUACUGCUGCCACAGAAGCAAAGACAGGCCAUACCCAAAAGAAGGAGCCCGUCAAAGGCAAGGGGAAGCGACACCAUGAGGACUUCGAUGCAUGCAUGGACUUGGAUGCUCAUAGCGAAGAGCCUUCAGAAGAGGUCUUAGAGGAGCCUUCAGAAGUUUCAAAAACAGUAGAAGGCACGCAGAAAGAGGGCCAUCCCAGGGCUCGCAUGGAGCCAGAGAAGCAACAAGGUCUUGACCCUGGUAGGGGUAAGCGAAGGGGGGAAAAUAGAGGCCAGCACUCUGCCGCCGGUGGGCCAGGUUUGUUGGGAAUAGACUUUAACUCCAUGAGCGAGGAGGAGCGCAGAGAGGCGAUGGACAUGCUGCGUGCCCGAAUAGCAGAGUCUCGCCAGGAAGAAGAGGAGCGGAAGUUAAAGCAGGAGCAGAUUCGAGCGGAACAAAGAGCAAAGGAGCAGGAAAGUGUGCAGCAGGCUGCAGAGGAAGUCUCCAAGGCUGCCAAACGCUCGUGGGAGGAUGAUGCGGACAGUGACUCCAGUUUUGAAAUAGACAAUAGUAAGCAUACAGCUUCUUCAAAAGCAAAGGCCAAAGUGACGCAUACGCAGAAGUUGGCGGAGCUUAGCCGGCAGCAGGAGCUAGAUUACCAUGCUAAGAUGCGUGCCGAUAAGAUCCAGGAGAAUCUCAGAAGCCCGAUCUGCGCGAUUCUGGGACACGUCGACACAGGAAAGACAUCUCUGCUCGAUAAAAUCAGAUCUACGAACAUACAAGGAAAAGAAGUCGGUGGUAUAACACAGCAGAUCGGCAGCACAUUCUUCUCUUACGAGUAUCUCAGUGAGCGGACAAAGGAGUUCCCCAUGAAAGUGAAGUACAAAAUACCAGGCCUUUUGAUUGUCGACACGCCUGGGCACGAGUCGUUUGCCAAUCUGAGGAGCCGUGGCAGCAGCCUUGCAGAUAUCGCCAUCCUCGUGGUCGACCUCAUGCAUGGGCUAGAGCGACAAACAAUAGAGAGCAUUAAUCUGCUUAGAGCGCGGAAUUGCCCGUUCAUCGUUGCGCUGAACAAGAUUGACAGGUUAUACAAUUGGAAGUCUGUCCAGGGACGCUCUUCCAAGCGUGCGCUAGAGGGAACCAUGGGCAGUGGUCCUGAGAUGACAAGUGCGGGGGUGGUAAAGGACAACCCGUGCAAGCAGGACAAAGCAACGUUGGACGACUUUGAAAAGAAGUAUCUGGACGUUAGAAACCAGUUUGCUGAGCUCGAACUUGACGUGGAUCUCUGGUGGAAUAUCGCUGACCUCAAGAGGGUUAUACCCGUUGUCCCCACGAGCGCAUUCACCGAGGAAGGGGUCCCUGACCUACUCGCCGUCCUUGUUGGAUUCACUCAGCUAUUAAUGGAAGAUAAGAUUGCUGUACAUUACAGUGAUAGCGGAGAAGAGAAGAUGCAGUGCACAGUCCUGGAGCUCAGAAAAGAGGAUGGCUUUGGGUACACAAUCGAUUGCAUCCUUGUCAACGGAGAGUUGCACAGAGGCGACACGAUCGUUUUGGCUGGGCUAAAUGGACCCAUUGUUACCAAGAUUAGAGAGCUUCUUACUCCCCAAGAAGCUCGUGAGAUCCGCGAAAAGGGAACCGCCAAUUACAAGCGUAAUGAUAAGCUGCGCGCUUCGAUUGGAUUCAAGAUUUAUGCGACAGAUCUUGAAACUGCCAUUCCUGGGAGCACUGUACUGCGAGAGGAUCCUGGAGAUAACCUUGAGGACCUUAAGGAGUGCGUUAUGGCAGAUAUACAUGACAUGGCAAAGCAAUUCAAGUUUUCUAACGUGGGCAUCUAUCUUAACGCAUCAUCCUUGGGGUCUAUGGAAGCACUCAUCACGUACCUAAGUUCGGAAAAGACAAAGGUGCCGCUCGCAGGGUGUGCUAUAGGCCCGAUCUCCAAGAACACUAUUCAAGAGGCGGCCCUCCAGCUUGAGCGUACAAAUCCAGAGUAUGCUUGCAUCUUGGCCUUUGAUAUUGAAGUAGACAAAGCGACAGAGGACUAUGCAAAGAUUAACAAGGUGAAGAUUUUCAGGGCGGACAUCAUUUAUCAUCUCUAUGACAUGUUUGUCGAACACUUGAAGCAGUACAAGCUUGAGAGACGGGAGGCGCUCAAAUCGGAGACCGUCUUUCCAUGCAUAAUGACCAUCCUAGACUGCUUUCAUCACAAAGAUCCUCUCAUUAUUGGGGUGCGAAUCGAUAAAGGGUCUCUUCAUCCACAGCAGCCAAUCUGCUUCCCAACAGGAAAGCUUCUAGGAAAGGUGGAAAGCAUUCAGAAAGAUAAUAAGAGCCAUCCUAUGGCAAAGGCAGGCACCGAAGUUGCCAUCAGAAUCGAGACCGCUGACUCCUCCACCGCCUAUGGGCGGACAUUCAGCAAGGAGGACACACCGACUCUGUACACUGCUAUGAAUAGAAAAAGUAUUGAUAUCUUAAAGAAGUAUUACCGCGACGACCUUACAAAAGAGGAUUGGGUGUGCGUAAAAACAAUCAAGACUCUACUAAAUAUUGACCCCGCAUGA